CCCCUUUCUCUUUACACCCAAGUUUGAUCAAGAAAUGGCAGAACGUUAUAAAAAAUAUUUUUCAGAGGGAGAAGCCUCAACUAGCUAUCAAGGACUGAAAUUAGCUGGUGCUACAGAAAGCAUGGCAAAAAUGUCUCAAGGACCAACUAACACCUGUUUGAAAAUGGGUGGUGUUCUGAAAGGAAAAGGGAUACAAAAUAUUAAAAAAGAAAAGCUGAUUGUCCAGGGCUCAACAGUGAUUGUUACUUGUGGAAAAACUAAAGGUGUUUUAUAUAAGGAAAAAUUGGCAGCAGGAGCUACACAGAAAUCUAUCAAGGGUUUAAAGGGAACAUGGUUCACACCACAAGAAUUUCUGACUGAAGGAGAAAUUGCAGGUACAAACUGGAGAAGAAGUAUCCGCGCUCAGGGGAUUACAUUAGAAGGAUUAAUAAAGGACGGCAUGCUACCUGAGCCAGCACGAGCUUCCCCGGCGAAAAAUAAGCCAGCAAAUGAUGGCAUAUGUGAAGUGUGUAUGGAAGAAGGGUCUGAUAUGUGCUGCAUUUCAUGCAAUAAAUCUUUUCAUAAUUCUUGCCAUGUUCCAGAAGAAUUGGCUAUGAAGAGGUUUUGGAAAUGCACCUUUUGCAAAUGGAAAGGUAACCUUUACUUCAAAGAAGACCAGGUUUUAAAGUGGAAAAUGGCUAACAAGGCAAAAAAUACAUGUGAGUUCUUGCUUCUAAAAAUCUGGUGUGAGCCUGAAGGUGCUGUUUUUGCUGAUGAACCAGUCACAAUCCAAACAUGUGAUGAUAACUGUCCAAAUAACCCCAUGUGGCUCAAGAGGAUAAAAGUGAAGCUGAAUAUAAACCAGUACGAAACAGUGGGGGAUUUCAUUGGAGAUAUGCGUCUGAUGUUCAGCAAUUUUCUGAGGUUUCAUCAAGGCCAGGAUGUCGCAGAAGAUGGAAGAAGACUGCAAAAUGAAUUUGAAAAGAGCUUUCGGGAAGCUUUUUUUAUUUGUAAUUAGCUGCUUGAGGGCAGCCCAAAUUUAUUAAACAAAAUAGUAAGAGCAACUCAACAUGAGGUAUCCGUCCAGUAACAAAACAUAGCCUAGAUCAAAAUAUAAAACAAGUCUAAUUUAAAUUCAUGUCAACACAGUCUCAAAUACAAUGUAUGUAACACAAGAACUCAGUGAAAUGUUCUCCCUUUUGGCCUAAAUGUUCCCAUUAGGAGUGGAGGGAUUUGUCCUUUUCUGUUCUCUGUUUCUCAUUUUCCCAUUCAUAACUUCAGUUCUCCACAUUUCUGUAGCAAUUUGAGAAUUAUAA